GAAGAGAAAACAAAAAGGGAAACCCAGCCAUGCCUUGGAAAACCGGUGAGAAAGCUUGAUUUUUCCCUUCUUUUCUUGUCCAAGAACCUGAUUUGAAACCCAGAAAAUCUUUCCCCUUGCUGGAAAUCCAGAUCUGCUCUGCUCUGUCUUCCUCACCGCCAGCUGCCCUUGAUUUUAGGUGAAUUCUGGGCAUUUUUUUGCUUGCCGUCGGCUUCUUCCCCCUGCUAAGUCCGGUUCCUUGCUUGUAAAUUCUGGAUUUGGGUACCAAACAAUCAACCCUCAAAUUUCUUGUCUACCCAUUUGAAGUUUGAACUGCUAUUGAACCCCCUUUCUCCUUUUUCACCUUCCACGCAUAUAAAGAACGUCGGCCCCCCCUUUGUUCCCAUACCAAAUUUUCAAGCCAUGGCGUCCGAUUCUGAGCAAUCCAGCCUACCCUCCUUGGGAAAGGUGGGAAAGUCCUCUCGAGAGAUUGGUGCAGAGCAAGAGCCUCUUGUUAAUGGGAUUCGCAGUUCUGAAAACUAUUCUGUUGCUGCGGCUAUUCUCCCGUUUCUGUUCCCAGCACUUGGAGGAUUACUUUAUGGUUAUGAUAUUGGUGCAACAUCUUGUGCUUUAAUAUCUAUAGAGUCAGCUACACUAAGUGGGAUUUCAUGGUAUGAUUUGUCUUCUGUCGAAAUCGGUCUUAUAACUAGUGGCUCCUUAUAUGGGGCUUUGAUUGGCUCUAUCUUGGCCUUCAAUAUUGCUGACUUUCUUGGAAGAAGAAGGGAGUUGAUAACUGCUUCUAUCUUAUAUCUAGUUGGAGCCCUUGUGACAGCACUUGCACCUGACUUUGUUGUUAUGAUAAUUGGGCGGUUUGUGUUCGGCAUAGGUAUUGGACUGGCAAUGCAUGCAGCUCCAAUGUACAUUGCUGAAACAGCUCCAAGCCAGAUACGUGGUCGACUAAUCUCGCUCAAAGAGUUUUUUAUAGUACUUGGGAUGGUUGCAGGCUAUGGGAUUGGUAGCCUUUUAGUUGACAUUAUAGCUGGUUGGCGCUAUAUGUAUGGAGCUAGUACUCCUUUGGCAGUGAUCAUGGGAAUUGGAAUGUGGUGGCUUCCAGAGUCACCUAGAUGGAUACUACUGCGUGCCAUUCAGGGGAAAGGCAAUAUGCAGGACUUAAAAGAGACGGCAAUACGUUGUUUGUGCCGGCUCAGAGGUGAAGCUAUUGGAGACUCGGCUUCCGAGCUGGUGGAUGAGAUUCUUAAUGAACUUGAAUUUGUUGGUGAGGAAAAAGAAGCUACAUUAGGGGAAAUGUUUCGUGGGAAAUGCUUAAAAGCCCUAAUAAUUGGCGGAGGACUAGUUUUGUUUCAACAGAUCACAGGGCAACCAAGUGUACUAUAUUAUGCCGCGACAAUCCUUGAGAAUGCAGGAUUUUCUGCAGCAUCUGAUGCAACUAGAGUCUCAAUUCUACUUGGUUUAUUAAAGUUGAUUAUGACUGGCGUCGCUGUCAUAGUUGUUGAUAGAAUUGGGAGGAGACCUUUACUAUUAGGUGGUGUUUCUGGCAUGGUUGUCUCUCUGUUCCUUCUUGGAUCCUAUUACGUUUUCUUGGAUGAUGUGCCAGCUGUUGCUGUUGUUGCACUGUUGUUAUAUGUUGGGUGUUAUCAGUUAUCUUUUGGUCCCAUUGGCUGGCUCAUGAUUUCUGAGGUUUUCCCCUUGCGCCUAAGAGGGAGAGGACUCAGUAUAGCUGUGCUUGUGAACUUUGGCGCAAAUGCACUUGUAACAUUUUCAUUUUCACCUCUUAAGGCUUGGCUUGGUGCUGGACUUGUGUUUUAUAUAUUUGGAGUAAUAUCAGUGCUGUCACUUCUCUUCAUAUUCUUCAUUGUACCAGAGACAAAAGGGUUAACUCUUGAGGAAAUUGAAGCAAAAUGCCUAUAGGCUUGUCUGCUCCUAUCGUCCAGUUCAACCUUAGUGGGAUGCCGCCUAAGGGAAAGGUAGAGUUGAUGCUGUUUUCGUAUUAAACUCUAACCUUUGUACCCAAGAAGACAUAAAAUAGUAUUAGAUAAAUAUCUUGAUAAUUAUUUUAAUUUGUUUGUUGCUUCUUCUCUUAACUUUUUAUGACAUGGUUGAUUGAAGGGUUUUGAAAGAAUUCUUAAUGUUUGCUCUAU